UUGUGACACAAUGUCGCAACCAGAAAAAAUAUUAAGAAUUUGGUUCUCGAUUAUUUUGUCAUGUGUCAUAGUAAUAAUUUUGGUUACUACCAGGACCUUCGUUAUUCUCAAUAAUCGAGCACGAUCAACAACCUGUGGAUAUGAGGCUUGUGCGGAAGUCGAUCCAAAAAAAUUGAAUGUUCACAUUGUACCACACAGUCAUGAUGAUGUUGGAUGGUUAAAAACAUUUGACCAAUAUUACUAUGGAAGUAGAAAAGAUUUAUACAAGGCAGGUGUUCAUUAUAUCCUUAAAUCGGUAAUACAAUCUUUGCAAGAAAAUCCAGAUAGGAGAUUCAUUUUUGUCGAAUCAGCAUUUUUCUUUAAGUGGUGGGACAAACAGGAUGAAGAAGAAAAAACCAUUGUUCGAUCCUUAAUUAAUGAAGGAAGACUCGAAAUAAUUGGUGGAGGAUGGAGCAUGAAUGAUGAAGCGGUAACGCACUAUCAGUCUGUAAUUGAUCAAUUUUCUUGGGGUUUUAGGAGAUUAAAUGACACGUUUGGAGAAUGCGCGAGGCCGAAAAUUGGAUGGCAAAUUGAUCCCUUCGGACACUCAAGAGAACAGGCAUCAAUGUUUGCCCAAAUGGGGUUCGAUGGUCUAAUUUUUGCUCGUCUUGAUUACCAAGAUGAAGAAGAACUAUUGCGUGCUAAAACGGCAGAGUUUAUCUGGAAGGGUAGUUCUAGUUUGGGUAAAAGUUCUAAUUUAUUCACAUCAAAGCUCUAUCAAAAUUACAGUUCACCAUAUGGGCUUUGUUUUGACACUCGUUGUAAAGAUGAUCCUCUGAUUGAUGAUACCGAGAGUCCAGAAUACAAUAUUGUUCAAAAAGUGGAGCAAUUGUUGGCAUAUGUCAACAAACAAGCCUAUUCCUAUAGAACAAAUAAUGUUCUGCUUACUAUGGGAGACGAUUUUCAGUACCACCUUGCUGACAUGUGGUUUAUUAACUUGGAUUUACUCAUAAGAUACACAAACCAGCGAAAUGGGUCAACACAUAAUUUAAUAUACUCAACUCCAUCCUGUUAUUUAAAAGCAUUAAAUGAUGCAAAUUUAGCAUGGUCAACAAAAAGUGACGAUUUCUUUCCUUAUGCCAGUGAUUACCGUACGUAUUGGACUGGCUACUAUACUUCGCGUCCAACACUUAAAUUCUACGCAAGAAUGGGCAACAAUUUUUUACAAGUCAUUAAGCAACUUUCAGUUUUAAGGAAUUACCCAGAUAAUAAAGAAUUAGAAAAAUUCCGAGAAGCAAUGGGUAUAUUACAACAUCAUGAUGCUAUUACAGGCACAGAAAGACAACAUGUUGCAAACGAUUAUGCUCGAAUUUUGUCCAUUAGCAUGAGAGACGGGGAAGAAAUUAGCACUGAUAUAUUAAGAAAUUUUCUGCCAAAGGAUCAAAGUUCGGAGCAGAAGAAAUUACUUAAAUUCCAUUCAUGUCUACUAUUAAAUAUUAGUUCAUGUGAGCACACAGAGAUUAACAAAAAUUUUGUUGUCACCGUGUACAAUCCAACAAGUCAACUUCUUACAACCUAUGUACGACUUCCAGUUAAAGGAGCAUCAUAUAAUGUUAAAAAUUAUUUAGGAACUGAACUAGUAACACAAAUUGUCCCAGUGCCAGAAGCAGUGAAAACGAUUCCGGGUAGGAACAGUUCUGCAUUAUAUGAGCUAGUAUUUCUAGCACAAGAAAUACCUGCUAUGGGUUAUCAAUCCUUUUAUGUAAGUGAAAAGAAUUCGGAAAUUGAAUUUCAAUCUGAUGAACAAAAAUGGAAAACCUACGAUAUAUCUGUCGAUGCGACUGGAAAAGUCUUCAUACAGUCUAAACUUAAUGAAAGUAUUAAAUUGACACAAUCCUUCCAUUAUUAUCUGGGAGCUAAAGUUAUUAACGGCGCACCUAUGUUUUGUGAUUCUGGUGCCUAUAUCUUUAGACCAAAUAAGGGUGCUGGUAUCCAAAAUUUUAGCUUUAGAGGAAAUUUCCAAAUAAUCAGAGGUCCCUUGGUGGAUGAGCUUCACAUGACUGUUAAUGAUUGGAUCAGCCAGGUUGUCAGAGUUUACGCUGGAGAAGACAGAAUUGAAUUUAACUGGCUAGUUGGUCCUAUCAAUAUUAGUGACGAUUUUGGGAAAGAAAUAAUAACCAAAUACACAACAGACUUGCAAACAAAUGGAGAAUUUUUAACAGACAGCAAUGGUCGAGAAAUUUUGAAGCGAAUGAGAAAAGUUAAACAAUCUACAGCGACUACAGAGUUCAGUGAGACAGUUGCUGGAAAUUACUAUCCAGUCACGACGAAAAUUUCCCUUAACGAUGAAAGCAGAAAAUUAAAAAUGGCGGUACUUACCGAUAGAGCGCAAGGAGGAAGCAGUUUAAUGGAUGGUGAAAUUGAACUGAUGGUUCAUCGGAGGUUGUUGACGGAUGAUUGUAGAGGUUUAGGACAAGCUUUAAAUGAAACUGCUUAUGGAACAGGAUUGGUAGCCAGAGGAGAACAUUCUUUAAUUAUUGGAAGACAGUCCGAUGCAUUCGUAAUUCAGGAAAAAAAUGAGGCUAUUAGAUUAUCCCUUCGACCCUGGAUUUUUAUUACUCCGCUUGAAAGUAAAUCCUAUGAUGAUUGGAAGAAAAAUUACAAGAUGCAGAGUUUUGGUCUGGCUAAAGCAUUGCCUCCUAAUAUUCAUAUCUUGACGCUAGAACCCUGGAAAGACGGAAGUGUUUUAUUAAGAAUUGAACAUCUUUUUGAAUCUGAUGAAUCAGUUGAGCUUUCUACGCCAGUUACAAUAAAUAUACAGGACCUCUUCGCAGAUUUUACCAUAACGUCAGUUCGUGAAACAACACUGGGUGGAAAUCAGUGGUUGGAGGACAGUGAUCGUCUCAAAUGGGUCCCCGACGAAGACUAUGUAGUUAAAAAUAAUUAUAUUCUUGAACCCAUUAUACCUGAAAAUAAGAUGGUUUUAGUAUUGAUGCCAAUGCAAAUUCGUACCUUUAUUGUGGAUGUGUUACCAUACGUCAGCAGUGAGUGACAAGUCUACAGUUUUCACGAAAUUGAUUAUCUUUACACAAUCUACUUUUUCAUCUUUUUACAUCUAUUUUAGUAAAAAAAUUAAGUUUUUGAAGUUUUUACUCUAAACUAAAUUCUUGAAACAAGUAUAGAACAAUUACAAAUAUUAUCAUAAAGAAUUUACUAGUAUUGUAAAUAUUUACUUUUUCUGGAAAAAUCGAAAAAAAUAAUUCUUUUUGUUCGAUAUAGAAAUAAUCUCAUCCUUCACGUAA